AUGUUUAUCGAUAUCGCCUGUAACAUCACGUGUGAAAAAAUGCAAGAGAACAUAGAACAGAUACUUCAGGAUUGUAGAUUGAAUAAAGUAUUUCCGGUGUUCGUGGGGCUGGAUGUUUCUAGCUCUGAAAAAUGCUUGGAGCUGGCAAGAAUUUACAAUACCUGCUGCUUUUUGGGGGUUCAUCCAAACCACAUUCAGAGGAAGCAUAAGCAGUCAAUAGAAGACGAUUUUACAGGUAAGAGCGAAGUGGAGGUUCUAAAAAAUAGUAUUAAAAAUAUGGAUUUCAGUGAUGCAAGGGUCAUUGGCAUCGGAGAGUGCGGAUUGGACUAUUUUAGAUCUUGUAAGUCAAAAGAGCAGUUGGAAAUAUUUGCUUUCCAGGUUGGCUUGCAAGAAGAAUAUGAUUUGCCCAUUUUUUAUCACUGUAGAGAUGCAUUUGAGGACUUCAUCAGAAUUGCAAUUAGCAAUGGCAAGGCACACAGAGGUGUAGUUCAUAGUUUUGAUGGAACUGUUGAAGAGGCUAGAACGGCUAUUUCGUAUGGAUUUUGUAUUGGAAUAAAUGGUUGCUCGUUGAGGACUGAGGAGAAUAUUGAGGUUGUGAAAGAUAUACCACUCACCCAUAUUUUGCUCGAGACAGAUAGCCCAUACUGCCAAAUAAGAAAGGGCCAUGCAUCAAGCCAGUUCGCUACGAUUGGAAGGUCUAAAUUUAGCAUGCCUGUUAAUAUUAGAAAUGUGGCAGAAGCGGUAGCAUGCAUAAAGGGCAUUUCGAUCGAAGAACUUGAGAGAAUUACAUAUGAAAACACAGUCAGGUUGUUUCCAAAGCUUAAAAAAUUUGUAGACCAGUGGAAGUAA